UCGAUAGCUCUAGCAAACCAUUUUCAAAACAAACUUUUAUCAAAACAUUCCGACCUUUUUGCCAUCUCAGUGGAACAAGCUUUUGCACUUGUUUGUUUUCAUGUCAUUCCUAAUGAAAAAUCACGUAAAACGUCCAAUGAACUCAGAAAAAGAAGUCCGUGGACCAACGAAGAACAUAUAGACAAGGCACUUGACCUUAUAGUAAAGAUUACGAAGGAAGUUAUUGAAGCUGAGGAUGGAAAUAAUUAA